CAUGUUGACACACAGGGAAAUAAAGUUAAGGAAACGAAAAAACACACAGACACACACAAAUAUCCUGUCCCUGUUCGGCCUCCCUGUCCUUGGGAUUUGUCACACUUUCUGCUCCGACGCUUCCCCUCCUUAUGGGAUUAGUCACGCUAAAGACUCUCGCCACUUUCCACAGCAGGAGUGUUCACAUUUGCCUAAAAAUGGAUGUCUUUGCGUCACACCAUUUAGUAUAGCCUUUGAGAGGUGGGGUUCGCCUAUAAAGAAAACUCCCUUCAGCGCCCUUGUCAGUUUCCUUCCUGGACGACAGCGAGGGCCAGAGCCGAGGCGUGCGCCCCACUCCCUGGCAGGCAGAAAUGUGGUCCGUGAGCUUUACGCGUUCCCUCGGUCUCGCGCUCAUUCCUCUGGCCGUGUGCUGCAUCGCGGCCAACGUUCUGCUGUUUUUCCCCAAUGGCUAUUUUAUAUAUGCGGAGGAGGGUAACCUAACGGUCUACGUGUGGUAUUUCAUGGGCAUAGCCGGCGGGGGCAUAAUGAUGUUGCUGCCGGCAGCUGUGUUCGUGAUCCUGCCCAAGUACGGUGACUGCUGCGAGAGGGAGAGCUGUGUGAUGUGUGGCUCAGUCCUGGCUGCUCUGGUUGGACUGGCUGGUGCGGGUUACUGCUUCAUCAUCUCCGCUCUGGCCUUGAUGGAUGGACCAAAGUGUUUCACCAUGUUGGGAUGGCGGUACCCCUUCAGGAACGGAGGCGGACGGUAUCUAACUGAGACAGAGACCUGGGCCAUUUGUCUUCAGCCCAUCAGUGUGGUGGAGUGGAAUGUCACUAUCUUCUCCAUUCUGCUGGCCCUCAGCACCCUGGAGGCUAUCAUCUGUUCAGUCCAGGCGGUCAAUGGGCUUAUGGUAGCUGUGUGCCGGCCGUGCUGCUACAAGCAAAACUACAGUCUGAAUCCCUGAUUUGGUCUUUGAGGAACACUCACCUGCCACCCGGGCCCACCUGGCCUUUGCAAGCUCUCAUAUUUCUUGAUGGUAGGACGUCUGGGCGCCCGCUUGCUGCUCGAUUCGGGCCUGUGCUGGGACGCUUACCACGUGAGGAGGCAAUUUUUUUGGCCUCGUUCUAUGAAAAUACAUUUUGAACAAUCAACAAAUUGUUUCACCAAGGCCUAGGAGGCCAUGAGAAUGUUCAAAGUGGCCUCAUCAGGUAAAAACAUGUUUGAGGGUAAACAUGGUUGACACAUUUAUAACACUGGUUUAUAAAUGUUUUGAAUUUCUGCCAUACUGACUGUUCUAACCUUGUUUUAUUUUGUAUAGUUUCAUCUCACUAGAUAUUACUGUAUCCUGGCUUAAAGAUCCUCAUUUAAAUGAAGAUUGUUUUUGUAUAUAUAUGUGAAAUUUUCUUUUUUACAGUUGACACUUUUAAGCCACUCAGUUUUUUAGAUUUUGUCCAGGCAGUACUUUACAUUUGUGAACUCUCUUAAUGUUUACUCAAUAACUAAUUACAUAUCACGCUGCUGAAUGAGACAGCAAGUGUGAUAGUGCACAAAUCGCAACUGGUCACACCUUCAUAACUGCCAUCUAGACUUAACUUGCUUAAAUCCAUCAACUCCCAUUAUGGUAAAAGUUAUCAAGAGCCUUUUGCACUUCAGCAUCCAGCCCUUAUGGAUGCUGAAAUAAUUUGUUAAAAAAAUUUUUCAAAUCCACCUGCAGUAUAAACUAUAUGUGCUCAUGGGUAUGUUUUAGAGUAAAGGAUGUGUCUAAUGAUGACCACCUUGACUCCAUUGUUAUUAGGAACAUCUCCACCUAGAUUGAAGCCUCUGCCAUCUUCUAAUGGUAGCAUCUGAGGUUGCAUCCAGCAGCAGUAGCUCAAGACAGAUGCUGAAGUCCACAUAAGUGCUCAACAACCAAUGGCGCCCUUAACCGUAUUUCAAAGAUUCACAUCUCAUUUAAUGAAGCCAACUAGUAGCCAGCCAUCAUUGGAUUUCAGUCUGCAGUUGAGUUUUCUGCGAUAUCAGCAAUAAAAUGUGAAAGACUGAAGCACGGUGGAUGGGUAUCAUUGGUCCCUUGGCAAUCCUCAGUGCAGGAUGCCUGUGUUUCAGCCUACAAAUAAACAAUAUGAAAAAGCACACUAUGAUUACAAGAACGAACCAAUGAAUCUAAAACAGUGAUAUUGAAGAUUACUUUGUUUUUUUUUUUUGUUGUUCAUUUUAAAUUUUCUCUCAACUCUUUUUGAAACUGAUGCAGCUUUUUUGGCUGGCGUAGAUUUUAGUUCUGAGCAUUGUGUUUUGUACCAGUACUGCUACGGUUCAUUCAGUUAAACUGCUUAUAUUUAAUUGCUUUGGUAGAUAAACAGCUCUGUGGGUAAAGAUGGAUAAUGUUAUGAUCUUCUUAAGACAUUUUGUUAAAUCCUUCAGGGAACUGUUGUCAUUUGCCGUAGGUUCUUAUUGUUUUCUCUGUGAGCUGACAUUAUGGACGGCUGUUUUGCAAAAACAAGUUUUUCUGUGAGGUCUUGGUUAAAGUAUUAUCCAGGCUAAAUGCUGCUUAGCCUCAGGUGUUUAUGAAGUGGAAUGUCUGAAUAAACGGAGAAAUCUUUUUUGCCAUAA